CUCCUACCUCGCGCCACCAACGUCGCUUCUUUCUAUCUCUCUUCUUCUCUCUCUGGUUUGGUAAAUCUACGAGUAAUGGGUACAGAGGCUGUUGAGAUUUUGACUGGAAAGGACUUGUCUAAAAUUUGCAGCGAACCGAGUCAAGGCAUUCACGGCGAUUGCUGUUGGUACGAAGAGACCAUUGAUGUUCAUCUCAAAUGGUCGUUUGAACUCAACAGUGUGCUACAUAAAGGGACUAGUGAACACCAGGAGAUUGCUCUUUUGGACACUAAACAUUUCGGCAAGGUGUUGGUGAUUGAUGGAAAGAUGCAGAGUGCAGAAAGAGAUGAAUUCAUUUAUCAUGAAUGUUUGAUUCAUCCUCCUCUCUUAUGCCACCCAAAUCCAAGGACUGUCUUUAUUAUGGGAGGGGGUGAAGGUUCUGCUGCUAGGGAAAUUCUUAAGCACAAGACAGUAAAAAAAAUAAUUAUGUGUGAUAUCGACCAGGAGGUGGUUGAUUUCUGCCGCAGGUACCUGACGGUAAACCACGAGGCAUUUUGCAACGAGAAGCUUAAUCUCGUUAUCAACGAUGCCAAGAAGGAACUAGAGAAAUGCAAUGAGAAAUUUGAUAUCAUAGUGGGAGAUUUGGCAGACCCAGUUGAAGGUGGGCCUUGCUAUCAACUCUACACAAAAUCUUUCUAUGAGAAAAUCCUCAAACCUAGGCUCAAUGACAAGGGCAUUUUUGUUACACAAGCUGGACCAGCGGGCAUUUUCACUCACAAGGAGGUCUUCUCCUCUAUAUACAACACAAUCAAGCAUGUUUUCAAGUAUGUGAUGGCAUACACGGCCCAUGUUCCAUCGUUUGCAGAUACUUGGGGAUGGGUCAUUGCCUCAGAUCAACCUUUCUCCAUAAAUGCUGAGGAAAUUGAUAGAAGGAUUGAGGAUAGAGUUUGUGGUGAACUACUAUACUUAAAUGGUGCUUCGUUCCUCUCGUCUUCCAUCAUGAACAAGACUGUUUCUUUGUCGCUGUUGAAUGAAACUCAUGUAUACACUGAGGAAGAUGCCAGGUUUAUCCAUGGACAUGGAUUAGGUCGCCGUGAUUGAAAGGGAAUUGUUGUACAGAUUUCAAAGGGAAAUGUAUAAAUCAACUAGCAGAAUUUAAAGAUCUCUCCAAACAUAAUCAAUCAAUAUAGUUGUUCAAACUUGGUUUUUA